CGCUGCGUGUUUCCAGCAGCAGAAGAAGCGGCAGGUCUGAGCGCUGCAGCGGGAAUCAAACUUUCUGAUCAUUUCUGGUCGAUACCAGAUCGAUUCCUGCUGAUCAGCCGAACCACGGAGUGAACCUCCUGCUGCAUCCACUGCCGAACAUCCGCAGCGUGACCGCGGGCAACCGGAGAGCCUCCGCGGGGAGAGAUGUACCGCGGACGGCCUCGACCGAGAGGAGGCUACCCGCCGCCGUUCGAAGGCCGCGGCCCGCCGAGGCCUUACCCGGCACCGGGGUACCGGGACGACCGGAGCCGGCCCAGGCCCCCCUACCACCCCAGCUACCACGACCACGGACCCCCGGACUCCCACCGCCGCUCCCCGUCGCGGAGGAGGUACCCUUCCCCGAGCCACGGUGGAGAGUACCGGGCCGGAGGGCCGCCGAGAGAGAGGUCUGCUUCUCCUCCCAUUCUCGACCACAACCUGGUCAUCACCGUGGGCAACGAACUGACCACACCUGCAGGCUCCACCCCCUCACGCCACCACGACAGGGACUACCCUCCUCGACCCGACUAUGAGCGCAGCCGGAGCAGGGGGCGGAGCCGACCUCGCAGCCGCAGCCGAGACCGGAGUCCGGGUCACAGUCGGGCCAAGAGCAGGGGGCGGAGCAAGAGCCAGCCCCGCAGCCAGAGCCGCAGUCCGGACCGGAACCGCGCCAAGAGCAGGGGGCGGAGCAAGAGCCGGCCCUGCAGCAGGUCCAGGUCCAGGUCCAGAGGGAGGAGCAGGGGGAGGAGCCGUGGGCGGAGCUACAGCAAGGCGGACAGCCACGGCCACAGUAAGAUCCAGCAGAGGAGUCGCAGCAAAAGCCGCCGACGAAGCAGCAGCAGCAGCUCCAGCAGCCGCAGCGACAAGAAAUGCAGCAAAGACUUCAAGGAGCUGCAGAUGGCUCGACGGCGGAAAGAGCUGGAGGAGAUGCUGAGUCAACCGACCAAGUCCAUCCUGAAGAAACGCAGCGAGGACUCACCGCCCGUCAGGAGCUGCGACGCCAGCAUGUCGCAUGUCGCCGAGCAGCUGCUGCAGGCCAUUAAAACCACCGACCCUCGCGCCAUGGCCUCCAUGCUGUCAGAGCUGCGGUCCGACCCAGAGAUGUCCCAGCGUGCCAGCCUGGACGCCGAGAUCAAGGAGAUCCUCAGCCUGCUGGGCGUGGCGGGUCCAGCCGGAAAGCCUCUGGAGAAGCCGGCGGACGACAUCGACGACGAGGAGAAGUUCCUGUACGGAGACUCGGAGGAACCCAAACCUCCGGCGCCAGAGCCGGUCCGACACCACAGCCUGGACCUGUACGGGGAGGUGACGGAGGAGACACUGUACGGAGACUACCCGCCGCAGAAGGCUGCCGUCGGACCAGCAUACGGUCGCUCUCCGGGGACCUCCACACACCUUCAGGCCCCGCCCCCAACCACUGAGGUGGAUGUGAGGUACCGACCCGCCGUCGGCCCGGACCAGAACGUCACGGUGCAGGUGUCCAAUCCUGCCUUCCCUCCAGGGACGGAGCCUCUGGAGGAGAGCGAACGGCAGGCCCUGGAGGAGUACGAGAAGAUCCAGGACCUGCUGAAGACCAUCGGCCUGGACCUGGGUGUGACCGAGAUCAGCAAAAUGGCGGCCAGAACCAAAGAGCGUCUCCACGGGAGCAAGCCGCCUCCCAAGACGCCCACGCGCCGCCGCCGGUACUCGUCCGGUAGCUCGUCCGGUAGCCGCAGGAGGCGUAGCCGCAGCUCCAGCAGCAGCAGCAGCAGGAGUCGCAGCGGCUGCUGGAGCAGCGACGACGGCGACCGCAGGAAGAGCUCGGCUCUGCCCAAAGCACCUAAAACGCCCAAAGAUGACAGCGACAGUAAGGCCGCCGCGCCGCCACCUCCAACCGCCGACCCCCCGCCCCCCCACCAGGGCGUGCCCAUCCCCACAUACCCCCCCUCACACGGCUUGAUGCCCCCCAACUUCCCCCCACCGCCCUUCGGUCAGUACGCCAACUUCCUGCCCUACGUGCCCCAGCAGUGGCCCCCCAUGUACCCACCUCCUAACAUGAACCUGCCCCACCACGCCGCCGAGGACUUCCCCCCCACUGCCCCCUUCAAACAGACCUACAGCAGGGAGCCGGGGCCCGGGGCCACAGGUUCAGCUCCAGACGGACUGAAGGGAAACUGUAAAUCCAGCAGAGUUUCUGAGGAGCAGAACAAUGAAAGCCAGAAACAAAAGGUUCUGGAGGAGAGGGAGAAGCUGAAGCAGGAGAGAGAGAUCCGCAUGAAGAAGAAGGAGUAUCUGAUGAAGGAGCUGGAGAGACUCCGGAAGCAGCAGGGUGAGCUGCUGAGGAAGAAGCGUCGGGAGAAGGAUGGCCACAAAGACCCUCUGCUGCAGGAGAUCAGCCACCUGCAGGAGGAGGUCAUGGCUCAGAUCUCCAAUCUGCGGAAGGAGCACGAGGCCGCAGAGAAGAAACGCAAUGAGAUCGACAAGGUGGCGCUGAUCCUCGGCGUUAGCCCGUCGGACCGGCCUCGCCGGCCCAGCAGACUGCCCGAAGAGGACCAGCCGUCGACAAAGGUCAAACGGGAGGCGGAGAGGAGCCCUGAGCGGAGAGGAGCCCCCAGCAGCUCCACCACGAAGCAGACCUUGGUGGCUCCAUUUCCAUCAGGAACGCCUCUGGACAAGCCGCCGCCCACCACCGUGGCUCCGCCCCCCGAGCCGUUUGAAUACUAUGACGCUGGAAACCACUGGUGCAAAAACUGUAACGUCACCUCUGGUUCCAUGUUUGAUUUUUUCACGCACUUGCACAGCAAAACACAUCGAAAGACUCUGGACCCCUACAACCGACCUUGGGCCUCCACUCCCAACAAAAUCUCCAAGAGCGUGUCUUCAGAGGAGAAGCUGACCAAACCAGCCAAAGGUUCUGAGUUCCUGUUGCCAGUCAGAGGAUUCUUCUGCCUGUUAUGUCGAGAGUUUUAUGGAGACGCCAUCUGUGCAGAAGAGCACGUCACGACACAUGCUCACAAUGAAAAGUACAAGAAACAAAUGUAUGAGAACCCACUCUAUGAGCAGAGGAGGAACCUGGACCGCCAGGCUGGACUGGCCUCAGAGGCGAGCAUGAAGAAGCGCAAACAUGACGACGACGAUGACGAGGAGAAAGGCGGCAAAGAGGAAAAGUCCAAACACAAAAAGGAAAAAAAGGAAAAGGAGAAAAAGAAGGAGGACAACGAUGGCGCUCAGAAGGAGAAACCCAAGACCAAGAAGGAGGAAGUGGAGGACAGGAUGAAGAAAGUGGACAAGACCCUGGACGAGGAUAAGCCUUCUUACAGCAAGAAAGAUGAGGAGGACAAGUAUAAAUACAGCAAGAAGGACGACAAAUACCGCUACAGAGAGGAAGAUGAGAGGGGAAAAUAUAGCAGGAGAGACGGGGAUGACGAGUAUAGGGGUGGCAAAGAAGAAGAAUAUCGAUACCGGUACCGCAGGUAUGACAAUGACUGUUACGACGGCCGACCCAAAUAUGGACCAAGAGACAGUGAGGACAGAAAUAAAUAUGGAAAACCUCAUGAUGACAGAUUUAAGUACGACAGGGAACAAGACGAAGGGAAGCCUAAGGCGGAGAAGGAGGGUUUUAAAAAGCCAGAGCCGGAUACACCAGCAGGGAAACUGGAGGUCAGCAAGCCUGAACCCCCACCUAAACCAUACGACCCACCCAAAAUCUUCUGUGGACCCAGUCCAGCCAUGAGGGCAAAGCUCCGCAAGCAGAGCCUGGAAUCUGGAAAACCGGCACCGGCAGCGGUGACCACAACCACUUCAUUUGCAAAGUUCACCUGGAAGAAGAAGGAGAACCAACUGGCAAAGGAGGCAGCGAAAGUAGCUGCUGAAUUCAUCAAGGAGGAUGAAGCAGCUGCUAAAGAGCAGCCAGCCACGGUAGAGGAUUCUUUUGCAAAGUCGAUGGCUGUUGCUAAGGAGAUUGCUCUAAAGCUGGGAGGCCUGCCAAGCGGACCUCCUCCUUGGGCUUCCAACGGCGCCAACCGGGGACGGAUCCGGCCAAACCUCCCUGCACCUGCUUCAGUUCUUAGAAAAACAACCAUGGCUGGUAAACCUGCACCUCUCAAUACUUUUCUCUCUAUUAGACCUCAAAACAUGAGUUUUCCUGGCCCUCCUCCAAAAGAGGGUUCCCUCCUCCCUGAUCCCCUGACCAAGGCCCUAAAUGUUCAGGAUGCACUCUUACAAAGUAAUCCAGUCCCACCAGUUGCUAAGCCUGAGCCAUUUGGUCUUGGACCUCUACCAACAGCAUCGAAACGUGCUCCACCUGGGGUUCAACCUGCACCACCUGGGGUUCAACCUGCUCCACCUGGGGUUCAACCUGCUCCACCUGGGGUUCAACCUGCUCCACCUGGAGUUCAACCUGCUCCACCAGUUUCAAAACCAGUCACACUUGAGUCAAAGCCUCCACCAUCUGAGGCUAGACCUUCACUGCUGGUGUCCAUGUCUGCACCAUUUGGGGUUCAACCUGCUCCACCUGUUUUCAGACCUGCCACACUCGAGUCAAAGCCUGCACCAUCUGAGUCGAAACUUACGCAGCUGGUGUCAAGUCUUGCUCCAGUUAAAGUUCAUCCUGCUCCACCUGUUUCUAAACCUGCUACUCUCGAUUCAAAGCCUGCACCGUCUGAAAUUAAACCUGUGCCAAUCCAGGCUGCCACCGCACCACCUGCACCAUCAAAGGAUACGCCUGCACAGCCAACCAUGAUAAAGAUAGUGUCUGACGUUGCAGCUCCCGGCGUCCCAGAGAGCGAGCAGACUCACACGGUUUUCGUCAAGCCUCCACCCUUCAUGAACUUGGGCGAAGGAGCUCAGAAGUCAGAGAAACUUAAGAGUAAUCUGGCUGCAGCCAAAGCCCAGGAAUUAUUUGACAUCUUCUACAACAGCGUCGGUGACUCAGGCCCCUCCUCCUUCACCAAACCAGCAAAAGACACUAGAGCUGACAGUAGUGCUGCUAAAAGUCCACUUCCAGUCCCACAAGCUCCAAAAGCACAAUCCCAACCACGAGCUCAGCCUCUUACGGACUCCCACCUUCCAGCUGAGGUCCAUACACCUCCACAACCAGACUCUAAAAAUUCCCCACCAAGCCCACAAUCCCAGACAGAUUCAAACAUUCAGAUUGCAUCUGUUUGGUCUCUGCAGCCAACCACUGAUUCAGCACUUGAACUGGCUCCACCCAAAACCUCCACCCAACCAGAGCCGACUUCACCAUCUCAGCCUGAGGCUAAAACUUCACGUCAAAACCAAUCCUCGACUCCUGUAUCACGGGAAACCACUCCACCGACCCAGCCUGCCGAGCCGGAACCUGCACCUGAGUCUCGGCCUGAACCGGCUCCUCCGAUCCAAACACGGUCUGAACCCUGGCCGGACCAGGACACUGAGUCCCAGCCAGAAACUUGUCCUGACAUUGCUCCAGAACUCGAAUCCAAACCAGGCCCCAAAACCAGAGGCAAGAAAACCCCCCCUGCUCCCCGGCCAGCCCGACAAACCCGAUCCCAAACCAGGUACCAGACCCGGCAGCGGCAGCAGCAGCAGAAUCGGUCUGAACCAGAACCUGAGCCGGUUUCAGGGGACUUGGAUUCUGCAGGUUUAGACUCAAAGGGGUUGGACACGUCUGAUCCUGGCUCUGGAUCACACCUGGAGUCAGAAGCAGGAGCCCCGAGCCAGGAGGACCCUCAGAUGAUGGAGAUCACCCCAGAAACCCUGGGCCUCCCCUCAGACAUGACCUCCCUGGACUUUGAGUACGAUUUUAACUUUGAGUAGGAGCUGAGGAGGCGGUGCGAUGACAGUCUGUUUUAUUUUAAAGGCACUUGUAUGUCAAAGAUGUUUCGACAAAUUUCCUGAGUAGUUUGCUGUUUAAGGGUCCAGUUAGUUUAGUUUAGACCGAUCCUGUUGUUCUCCAGAGUCUGUUUUUAGAUCCGUCUGAUGUCUGUGGACUGAAACUUUUAUAGGACCAGGACGGUUUCCCUGAAGCUCCAAAACCAGGACGAGGCUUUGUUUCCAUCUAAAUGAUGCAUUGAAUAAAAAUGGUUGGAAGUUGAUAAAUAAACCAAGUUUUUCAAGCAGAAAAGCCAAACGUUCCUGUAGAGAGUUUCUGCUUGUGUUGAUAAAGUAUCUCUGGGAGGAAUUUAGAAUAUCCUCAAUGUUAUUGUUGUUUCUUGAUGUUGCUUGUAAAAUAAAACAGCGGCUGCUUUUUGUUUUGUCAGCUAAAGAAUGAAAUUGUCAAAUCUUUGUUGAA